AUGGCGUGCCCUGUAAAGACCGUCACUAAAAUGACUUGGUGCAUGGAGCCGCCCAGCAAUCCUUGUCCAAGCAGCUCGCUGUUCACACAUGAUGUUGGCAAGGUUCGAGAUUUUAUCGAGAACCAGCACCGGAAAAAGAAAGACGCUACGACCACCCGAUUUACCAUAACUUGUUCUACAUUGGAUACUAUAUCUUGGCAUCCCCUAACAUGGGUAAUCUUAGGAGAAAUAUGUGUCAACGACUCAUUGAAACGAUCGAGCACAGAUGCGGGUGUAGAAUCGAUUCCCCCGGCAGUGUCAUUGAAUUCGAGGGCUGCAACAACUGUGGCAUCAUUAAGCGAACACAGCAAAUGGGGAAGACAACUAAGAGGGACCCAUGCCCUGAUUGUAUCGCCAAUGGUCUCUGGGUGA